CUCAUGUGAAUUAUUCAUCAAAGUUGCUAAUAUUUUUGUACAACAAACUACGUUAAAGGUCUGUAAGGUAACUUCAGAUCUCAAAUCACAAUAAUGGAGGACUUUUCAUUUUGAUCUUUUUAUUUCUUGUUGAAGUUAUAUAUAAAUAAUGAUUCAUGAAUCUAUGAUGUGAUGAAAUGUGUUUUUUUUUUUAAAAACUAUGUCAUAACUGCUAUCUCAUUUAUAAUUAAAGCAGGUUUGCUUGAAUGGCACUAUCGUCUACCCCCCCUGAUCUCAAAAAGUUUGUGGUCGAUGAAGGCCAUGGUGUGAAGGGUGUAUCAGAACUCAACCUCAAAAUUUUACCCGAGUUGUUCAUUCAACCGGUUGAAAAACGGCUCGAUAUGAGCAAAGUUCUGCAAGAUGAAUUGAUACAAGUAAUUGACAUAUCGGAUUCUGAAGACCCUCAGGUAAUAAAGUCGGUAUGCGACGCAGCCGAGAAAUUGGGAUUUUUUCAAAUUGUUAACCAUGGGGUGCCUCUAAGCAUAAUUGAGAGUGUUAUAGAGGCAACACAUAAGUUUUUCGGGUUGUCAAGCGAAGAGAAAAAGAAAUACUUGUCCCGGAAUACUCCUUCAAAAAAUGUUAGAUACCUUACAAGUUUCAGUCCAGAAGUGGACAAAGCCUAUGAGUGGAAAGAUCAACUAAGUUGUUUCUAUGUUUCGGAUGAAGAAACCUUGAAAUUCUGGCCAUCUGUUUGCAAGCAUGAAGCUCUUGAAUACUUGAAGACAUGUGAUUCAGUAAUCAAGACGCUAAUAAAAAUCUUAAUCACAGGAUUAGACAUACCAAACCUCAACGACACAUAUGAAUCAUUAUUUAUGGGUUCAAAACGAAUAAACCUAAACUAUUAUCCUGUAUGUCCCAACCCAGAGCUCUCAAUUGGCGCUGGUGGUCAUUCAGAUGCCUCAACGUUAACCGUGCUUCUUCAAGACCAGAUAGGAGGACUUUAUGUUUGGAAACAAGAUAGUGACUGUUGGAUCCAUGUCCCUCCUGUUAAGGGAUCAUUGACAAUUAACAUUGGUGAUGCUUUUCAAAUCAUGAGCAAUGGUCGAUACAAGAGUGUAGAACAUAUAGUGGUUGCUAACGCGCAUGAAAACCGGAUUUCGGUGCCUGUCUUUGUGAACCCAAGGCCGAGUGAUGUAAUCGGCCCUUUGCCAGAAGUGAUGGAUAGUGGGGAAAAGGCUUUGUAUAAGCAAGUUCUAUACUCGGAUUAUGUGAAGCAUUUUCUCAGGAAAUCAACUGAUGGGAAGGGCACUGUUGAUUUUGCUAUGAUUUGAUUAUGUUUCUUGAAAUAAUAAUGUAUCCGAGUCCAAGUGUUUUGGAAGCAUCACAAGGAUCUUGAAACGACAUAUGGGAAACCAAUUUCUAUCUAUUUAGAUUAAUAAAUUUUUACAAGGAUGGUGAAUUCUUGUAAAGGAUAAAGAACCGUAAUAUUUGCAAAUUUCAACUUCAGUAUUUUAUUAGAUUCACUAUCAAUUAUCAUAACAUAUU